UCACGGUUAUUAUCACGUCGGAAAGUUAACUUUAUGCUCCUUCCAGAUAUUCAUACAUCAAUGGAUAUAGUUCAGUCCAGUUGGCAGCUGACAUUGAGGUGUCAAAAUCGUGUCCAAAAUUUAAAAAAGUUUUAACAGAAUUGGGAAAAAAAUAAAAUGGCACAUACUACGAAACUGUUCCUGACGACUAGCAAAUUUCUGAAGAGUUGCAAUUCUCUGCAUGUGGCUGUGAGAUUUUCUAGCUCAUGGUGGUCUCAUGUAGAAAUGGGACCACCAGAUCCUAUUUUGGGAGUUACUGAGGCAUUCAAAAGAGAUCAAAAUAUAAAAAAGAUUAACUUAGGUGUUGGCGCUUAUAGGGAUGAUAAUGGUAAACCAUAUGUUCUUCCUAGUGUUCGAAAGGCAGAAGAAAAAAUUAAAAUUAAAGAUAUGGAUAAGGAAUAUUCUGCAAUCUCUGGCAAUGCUGAAUUUUGUGAACAUAGUAUUAAUCUGGCUCUUGGGGAUGGAAAUGAAAUUGUCACAAAUAAAUUGAAUGCAACAGUUCAAGGAAUCUCUGGUACUGGUUCUUUAUUUGUUGGGGCACAAUUUCUAUCUCGUCAUUUUCCUGGUAACAAGGAAAUUUAUCUCCCAAUUCCUUCAUGGGGAAAUCAUAAUCCUCUAUUCAGACUUGCUGGCCUUACAGUCAAGACUUAUCGUUAUUAUGAUCCAAAAACUUAUGGUUUGGAUUUUAAAGGAGUAGUGGAAGAUAUAUCUAAUAUUCCUGAGAAAUCGAUUAUCCUUUUGCAUGCAUGUGCUCACAAUCCUACUGGUGUUGAUCCAAAACCAGAGCAAUGGGCACAAUUGUCUAGUUUAAUCAAGAAGAAAAAUCUGUUCCCAUUUUUCGAUAUGGCAUAUCAAGGCUUUGCCUCAGGCGAUCUUACAAGAGAUGCCUUUGCAGUCAGACUGUUUAUUAAAGAAGGACACGAGAUUGCUUUAGCUCAAUCUUAUGCAAAAAAUAUGGGUCUCUAUGGUGAGCGUGUUGGAGCAUUUAGUUUAGUAGCAUCUAGCAAAGAGGAGGCUGCGCGUAUUUUGUCACAACUGAAAAUUAUGAUCAGGCCAAUGUAUUCAAAUCCACCAAUCUACGGAGCUCGUAUAGUUAAUGAAAUUCUCAGUAAUUCGGAAUUGCGAAAGGAAUGGUUGCGUGAUGUUAAAGGUAUGGCCGAUCGUAUCAUUUCGGUUCGCACAAAACUUAGGGACAAUCUAAAGAGAAACGGCAGUAUUCGCGAUUGGUCCCACAUUACUGAUCAGAUCGGAAUGUUUUGUUAUACCGGCUUGAAACCAAAUGAAGUGGAGAAACUCAUAAAAGAUUUCAGUAUUUACCUCACCAAAGAUGGCCGCAUCUCUAUGGCUGGUGUAACAUCGAAGAAUGUAGAAUACUUGGCACAAGCAAUACAUGAAGUUACAAAGUAACUUCUGCUAUAAAAUUACUAAAUAUUACUAUUAUAUUCGAGAUUGUUUGAUGCAAUGCUCAAUGAUAAAAACAUUAACUACAAUCUAUUUUGUAUUCUACGCGUGCAAUGUAUGCAAUCAGAAUGAACAAUUGUAGCAUUUCGGGAUCAUAGACAUUGGCUGAGUUCCUUAAAGCGGAUAUGCGUGCACGUACCUAUAGUAUCCGUCACGUAUACUGUAGGUAAAUGCGCGCAUAUGCGCUUUACGGAAUUCGGCCAAUAUAUGAUGAAUAAAUUAGUAACCACACAGCAUAGAUAAAAUG